AUGAACGAUAUUGGUUCAUGCGAUAAAAGUGCCUACGGAUGGCACUCACUUAGUCCUGGCGGCGCUUCGGACGAUACAACAUUUCCAAACAUCAAAACAGAAUUUCCAAUGGAAGACGAUAUGUUUGAGAUCACAAAGCAGCAUCAGCAACAGCAACCGCCUUCCGAUGACGUCAUGUUCGCGAAGCCAAAAUCCGUGCCGACGGCCACCUCAGACGCCGCUGCCGCAUCGCUACAAACCGCCUUCUGUAAGAAACCAUCGGCUAAGAAUCAAGAGAACAUCAAUUUCAAUCCGGUAAUGAACGAGUCUGUUAAAACUGAAACAAAUGAAGAGAUCUAUGGUGGAUUCGGCUCAUCACCGUUCGGGAAUUCGAAUGCUUCAUGUGUUCCCCAGGAAAAUGUCUCGGUCACGUGUCAAAAUGGAAGUGCGUGCGUGGAUGCUCAACAAAUGGACAUCUAUAGAGAUCUAAUCCUUAGACAUCUGAUCCAGGACAUCAGUACCACCUGCGCUAAACUUGGUCUGCCAACAGAUGCACAAAACUGGACACAAGAGCACGGAGCACGUUGGAUUUCCGAGAUGUGCCAACAGUUUAGUCUGACACCACCUCGUCACACCUAUUUAAGCGGUCGUGCACUGCUUAGCAUGAGUCAAAAGGAUUUUAUCGCUCUGGCUCCUGAAGGCGGUGACACGCUCUACGCUCAGCUACAACUAUGGAAAACCGCUUUUGAGUCCUACCAUCAACAACAAAGUGGUGGUCAGAGCAGCGGCGGUAUCACUGCCGCCGACAAUUCGAUGCCGAAGAACAACUGGAUGCCUGCUGGUCAAACCAUGAUAAGCGGCGAACCGAUCAAGAAUAACGCUGGAUUCACACAACAAUAUCAAACCACUGAACUUCAUCAACAACACUAUUUCGGCAACGGAGCUUUAGGAGGCGGUGCAGAUAAUCAUGCCUUCUUCGGAAACGGUAUUUUACCGUCACCAAGCGAUAGUGACAGAAGCAGCAAUGCAAGCAUGCAUGAUUUGGGUGAUGACGAAUGCAUCGAUCUUCAGAGUAUGUUGCAAAUGCAACAAGAUGGUAUGCGAUUCUGUGGACAAAUGAACGGCAUGAACAUGACAACUGCACAAACUCCAACCGCCGAAGAACAGCGUCCUUCACCGUUUCCACGACAUUCCGGUACAGUACACCUUUGGCAUUUCAUACGCGAACUGCUCGAUCAUCCCAACAAACAAUACGGAUCGUGCGUACGCUGGGUGGACCGCGACGAAGGAACGUUUAAAAUCGAGUCCUCCCAUCAUCUGGCUAGAUUCUGGGGACAACGUAAGAAUCGUGCACAGAUGAACUACGACAAAUUGUCACGAAGCCUCCGGCAAUAUUACAAAAAAGGCAUAAUACAAAAACCGGAAAAGAAGCAACGACUUGUGUACAAAUUUUUACCUCCAUACAAUCUGUGA